AUGAAAAUUAACCAAAAAGCCCUGCUUUCAACUAUCGCAGGAGUAGCUAUUGCUGCAGGAGCUGGAUUAUAUAUGUAUAAAAGAUAGAAAACUAAACAAAAUUAAAUGGAACACCUAAUUUAAAAACUUUGUGAAGCUGCAUUUGGUGAUUUAUCUUCUUUAGCAGAUAUCAAUUAAGAUGAAAUUAGAUCUUUGAUGCAAUAAUCUUUUGCUUCUUAUGUUGGUGCUUAUUUGAUUGAAAGAGAAAAGAAGGGUAUUUCUUCUGAAGCAUAAACUCAGUUAAAAAUAAAAAAUUUUUUCAAAUUCAUAAUUGAAAGUGUUAUUGAUGCAUUUGGAGAGUUUUUGUUUUACUCUUAGCAUAUAGAGAAAACAGAAAAUUUAGACCAUUAAUUGAUUUAGGAUUAAGGAUUUGAAAAAUAUAAUUUUGUGAUCAAUCUUGUUUUUAAUCUGAUUUCACAAUUUUUAUAAGAUAACAAAUUAUACUCUCACUUAUUAUCGUAAAUUUUAACAGAAGGAAUCGAUUAGCCAACAAGGUAUUUAAUUGGCAUCGAUUCUUAUGAAUUAUUUGAAUAGAAGUUUGAAGAUAAAAAUCAUUCUAUUUUUGAAUAUAUUUUAAUACACCAAUCAAGACUAUUCACUGAAAAUAUCAACAUUUUAGUCAAAAUUUUAGAUGAACUAGGCAAUUAAGAUGCACAAUUUCUUCGAUUUAUUAAUUUGAAAUUUUUGAAGCUUAUUAAAUUUGCUAUAAAAUAAGUAAAAUAGGAAUCUGAAUAAGUGGAGUUGUUCAAAUUUACAGAGUUAAGCAGCGUUUGUUCUAAAUUAUUCUCAAGUGAAGAACUUAUUACAUCUAUAUUAAUUUAAAAUGAAUAUAUAUUUAUUAAUAUAGCUAAUAUCAUAAAAGAUUGUCUUCAAAAAAGUGAAUAAAAUUUGGAAAUAAUUCAAACAAAUUUAUUAGUUUUAAAGAAUUUGUUUUAUAAAAGUGAGAAUUUAAAAUAAUUCAACAGAAUUGAUGAUUUAGUAGAAAUUUUAUUAGAUUGUUAAGAAAUUCUUUUUGAAAAUAUCUAAAUUUAUAAUUAAAAUGGCUAAGAUUCUUUACAAUUUUUAAUAUAAAACAGCAAUAAAAUUAUUUAGAAUAUUAAAAUUCAAAAGGAUUUUUAUGAAUUGUUUUACAAUUUAAGUUAUUUUUCAUGUGUUGAUUUGGCUAAAAAUAAAAAGAAUAACCUUAUUAAUAUCAUGUGCACUAAAUACAGGCAAUUCGUAGAGAAAUUUUAUGAUCAAAGCUAAUAAAUCAGUUAAAAUAUAAGAGAGGAUAAAAAUUACAUUGGAUUUUCAAUAUGUAAUUUAUUAGUUUUUAUUACUUUGAUCUCACAAGGACCUGAUUUAAAUACAAAUACUCUUGUUUAUACUUUAGAAAGCCAUUUUUAGUAUCAAAAUUAAUAGGAAUUAGAUUAAUUUGUAAAUAAAAUAGCUUAUUUAUUACAUACCAAUUUGUUAUAUUAUUCUUUCCAUUACAAUUCAUAAUUGUUGAAUCAGUUUGAGAAUUAACAAAACUCUAAAUAAAAUAGCAAUAUUAAUGAUUUUUGGGAUUUAAUUUUAAGCGCUGAAUCAGGAGUUUACGAUUUAAAUACUUUCACAUAUUAACUUAUCAGCUCAAUUUAGUCAAGUGGGAAUUAACUUAUAUUUAAAUAUGUUAGCCACUACCACUUUUAAUUUAGAAAUUAAGCUGUGUAUGAGCAAGUGCAAAUCCUUAAGCCACAAAUAGUAGUGAAGAAUAUGAUUUAUGACCAAACACCUCUACUAAAUAUAGACUAUAAAUUAAACCAAAUUAUAUCAAGAAACAAUAAAGAAAUUUAAGAAAAGAAAUAUUUUGUUAUAAGACAAAUAAUUAGAAAAAUAUUAUUCUAAAACAAAGAUAAAAAUUUUAUGAAAGAAAAACUUGUAAUUUCAGCAAAGUAAUACAUUAACAAUGAGAAACUGAUAGAUGAAGUAUUAAAAGAAUUUAAUUUUAAAGAAGGAUAGUUAAUUAAAAUAAACGAAUAAGACUUAGACUAUUCUUAUGAUAUUCUCAAUACUGGUAGAUCUCUUUAUUGCUCGGAUCAAUCUAAUAUCAUAAAGAGUAAUGUGAAUGUUCUAAAAAAGACAUAAUUCUUUAACUUAUUUAAACAUUAAUAAGAUUUGAUAGUAAACAGUUUCACAAAUGAGUACUUAAUUGAGCUAUUUAUAGAAAAAUUAGGAGUUUGCUCUAUAAAUGAUGACCUCUGCAAGGAUAUGAUUUUAACCUUUGACUUUUAUAUAUAUACCUGGGCUGAAUUGAUAGAAAUGUUGUAAAACUAAUAAAACCUACUUACUUAAUAAUAAAAACUAGCAAUAACCAGCCUAAAAGAAAAUAUACUUUCUGAAUAUAGCCAAUCCCUUUUAAGUCUUCACUUAAAAAAUUUAAUUGAUAAUUUUAAUGGUAGAUAAGAAAAGGCACCUUUAGGAGCUCAAAAUCUUCAAUUAUUCUUUUCUAAUCAUGAAAAAAGUGAAAGUAAAAAGAAAAUUAGUACAAGUUGA